AUGUCUGUGGGGUCAGUCCCCAGUGAGACCCAGGAGAGGGUGUCAGCUAGGUCUGUAGCGAGUGCCGGUGGGGAUACCUCCAGUCCAUUUGUGCUUGAGUCAAGUCAGGGGUCAGCCAGACCCCGAUCAGAGGACCUGAGGGGGCGGUCCUGGUCAGAAGACCUGAGGGGUCUGUCCUGGUCAGAGGACCUGAGGGGUCUGUCCUGGUCAGAAGACCUGAGGGGGCGGUCCUGGUCAGAGGAUCUGAAGGGUCGGUCCCGGUCAGAGGACCUGAAGGGUCGGUCCCGGUCAGAGGACCUGAGGGGCCUGCCCUGGUCAGAGGACCUGGGACCUGAGGGGUCUGUACUGGUCAGAGGACCUGAGGGGCCUGCCCUGUCUCAGGUCAGUUUGAUUCGUCCUCCGGUUUUUAAUUUCUCUGUUUGUUUGUGUUUGCAGGACUUCUUCAGUAAAUCUGACCCGUUCCUGGAGAUUUACAGACUGAACGAUGACGCCACGAUGCAGCUCGUCUACAGAACUGAGACCGUCAUGAACAAUCUGAACCCGGUGUGGAAAACCUUCAAAGUUUCUCUGAACUCGCUCUGCAGCGGAGACCACGAGCGCAAGCUGCAGUGCACCGUGUGGGACUGGGACUCCAACGGGAAACACGACUACAUCGGAGAGUUCGAGGCCACGUUCAAGGAGAUGAAAGGAGCCAUUGCACGGGAGACAGGUCAGUGUGUGCAGUGGCCGUGCAUGAACCCCAAAUACAGAGUCAAGAAGAAGAACUACAAGAACUCUGGGAUCGUCAUCCUGAACCAGUGCAAGAUCAUCAAGAUGCACUCGUUCCUGGAUUACAUCAUGGGGGGCUGUCAGAUCCAGUUUACAGUAGCGAUCGACUUCACGGCGUCUAACGGUGACCCUCGUAACAGCUGCUCUCUGCACUACAUCCACCCGUACCAGCCCAACGAGUACCUGAAGGCUCUGGUGGCCGUGGGGGAGAUCUGCCAGGACUACGACAGCGACAAAAUGUUCCCGGCGUUCGGCUUCGGGGCUCAGAUCCCUCCUGAAUACAAGGUAAUUUAACUGCUCGCCAUCUCUCUCCCAGCAUGCUCUCUGUCAGCGGGGG